AUGGAUCCUGAUCCCCAGCUGCUGUUGGUGACUGGUUUCGGUCCAUUCCGCCAGCACCUCACCAACCCGAGCUGGGCUGCUGUUCAGGAACUAAAGAAAUUCGGCUCCGGGGACAACAUUCGGCUGGAAACGGUGGAACUACCUGUUCACUACCAGCGGGUCCGGGAGAUACUGAGCAGGAUCUGGGAAACCCAACAGCCACAGCUGGCUGUGCAUGUCGGAGUGGGAACAGCAUCGAAGCUGAUCAUUCUCGAACAGUGUGCCAGGAACCAGGGAUAUAAAGAUCCUGAUGUUUGUGGUUGCUAUGCAACAGGAAGCUGCUGUGUGGAUGGAGGGCCUGAGAAGAUCGAGUCACUCAUCAACAUGAGAUCUGUCUGUAAGAACCUCGCUGGACUGGACAUUGCUAUCAUUUAUUCCAGGGAUGCAGGGAGGUAUCUUUGUGAAUACGCUUAUUACCUUUCGUUAUACCAUGGUAACCAGAAAGCUGCCUUUAUUCACAUCCCUCGGCUGAGCGAUGGACUGACAGUGGAACAGCUGGGAAAGGCUCUCUGGAUGAUUCUACAGGAGCUGCUGCACCAACUGGACACCCAGAGAGAACCAUCGGUUUUGUGA